AUGCAUGCGCAUGUGAAUGAAAUAACAGCGUGGGAAGCUUUGAUGCGAUCAUGGAUUACACAUGCCAAUACCAUACAGGCUACACUUGCAUCCGAAAAGGAUAAUCCUUUUAGCGAAAUGAACGAACCUAACGAAGCACCAAACAUUGACCCACAAACAAAAGAGUACAUUGAUGAUGCUCAGCUUGAGCAGGUCAAUUUAACCGACACAGAGAAACAGCCUGACAAUAACCAACUACCAGAAGAAGAUCACACCUCUCCGUUAACCAUAGACUCAACAGACACUAGAGAACUCAUAACCCAAGGUAACUAUCCACCCACCCCAAUUCUCAAUGAAAUAAUUGCAAACAUAAAACCAUCAGAUGUAGUAGUGAGUAAAGACAAUAUGCAAAAAAGUGAAAACCAAGAUCAAACAAACAAACAAUUAAUAGUCAAGAAAGGUAGUCGUAGGUUUCCAACAAUUGAAUACAAAUUACUUAAAAACCUACCUAUAGUUCAAGGGUUUAACAAUCCAUUGGCAGCUGAAAUUGAGAGUAGAAGGCUUUGGUGGGUGCUUAACUGGAAUGAGGGACAGAAAACAAUUGAGAUGUUGGCAUAUAAACCAAGCUUGACAUCUAAAUUGUGGAAGACCAUCGCAUUCGGUACCUAUGCAGAGUUGCAAGAAUUUGCACACAAAAACAUAAAGGCCAAUAUGAAAUACCUACAUGACGACUCACCUCUACAGAUAUCAGAAGGAGCAAUAUUAAUUCUCUACGAUAUCAGAGAACAAGAGUUGAAUUUUUACCGAGAUCACAUUAGUACCUUGUGUACAAAAUAUGAAUUUUCAGCAGUAAUGUCAUAUGAUGAAGACCGUCGACUGGAACUAACAAUGAAUCGCCAAGGUUCAACAAGCCACGAGCAAAUAAAACAGAGAUACUAUGGUAUGACGACAGAGAGAUCUGCAUUAACUGGAACCGAAGAUACUGCAAUGAUGACAAGAAAUGUGGCCGGGUUCAUGCAUGUUUGUUCUGCAAGAAAAUAG